CUGGGCACCAUGUUCCCCGCAGUGUCUCACACCCUGCGCCGGCUCCCCUUGCUGCAUUGGCUGCUGCUACUGCUUCAAGCUUUGGAGAGGGGGCUGGGCCGUGCCAGCCCGGCUGGGGCCCCCCUGGAAGAUGUGGUAAUCGAGAGGUACCACAUCCCCACCUGUCCACGCGAAGUGCAGAUGGGGGAUUUUGUUCGCUACCACUACAAUGGCACGUUCGAGGACGGGAAGAAGUUUGACUCCAGCUAUGACCGCAGCACCUUGGCGGCCAUCGUGGUGGGUGUGGGUCGCCUCAUCACUGGCAUGGACCGAGGCCUCAUGGGCAUGUGUGUCAACGAGCGACGACGCCUCAUUGUGCCUCCCCACCUGGGCUAUGGCAGCAUCGGUGUGGCGGGGCUCAUUCCCCCAGAUGCCACCCUGUACUUUGACGUGGUCCUGCUGGAUGUGUGGAACAAGGCAGACACGGUGCAGGUGAGCAUCCUGCUGCGUCCACCCCACUGUCUCCGCAUGGUGCAGGACAGCGACUUUGUCCGCUACCACUACAAUGGCACCUUGCUGGAUGGCACGGCCUUUGACAGCAGCUACAGUAGGGAUGGCACUUACGACACCUACGUUGGCUCUGGUUGGCUGAUUAAGGGCAUGGACCAGGGGCUUCUAGGCAUGUGUCCUGGAGAGAGAAGGAAGAUCAUCAUCCCUCCUUUCCUGGCCUAUGGCGAGAAAGGAUAUGGGACUGUGAUCCCCUCGCAGGCUUCCCUGGUCUUCCAUGUCCUACUGAUUGAUGUCCACAACCCGAAGGACACUGUCCAGGUAGAGACGCUGGAGCUACCCCUAGGCUGUGUCCGGAAAGCCGCAGCUGGGGACUUCAUGCGUUACCACUACAACGGCUCCUUGAUGGACGGCACCCUCUUUGAUUCCAGCUACUCACGCAACCACACCUACAAUACCUAUGUCGGGCAGGGCUACAUCAUCCCCGGAAUGGACCAGGGGCUGCAGGGCGCGUGCAUAGGAGAGCACCGGAGGAUCACUGUCCCCCCACACCUAGGCUAUGGGGAGAACGGAACUGGAGACAAGAUCCCUGGCUCUGCGGUGCUCAUCUUCAACGUACACAUCAUUGACUUCCACAACCCUGCGGAUCCAGUGCAAAUUGAGACGCUGUCCCGGCCCCCUGAGACCUGCAAUGAGACCACCAAACCUGGGGACUUCAUUCGCUACCACUACAACUGCUCUCUGCUGGAUGGCACCAAGCUCUUCUCCUCCCAUGACUAUGGGGACCCCCAAGAGGCCACCCUGGGAGCCAACAAAGUGAUCGAAGGCCUGGACACAGGCCUGCAGGGGAUGUGUGUGGGAGAGAGGCGGCAACUCAUCGUGCCCCCACACCUAGCGCAUGGGGAGAGCGGAGCCCGGGGUGUCCCUGGCAGUGCUGUGCUGCUGUUUGAGGUGGAACUGGUAUCCCGGGAGGACGGACUGCCCACAGGCUAUCUGUUUGUGUGGCACCAGGACCCUCCCACAAAUCUAUUUGAAGACAUGGACCUCAACAAGAAUGGAGAGGUUCCCUUAGAAGAGUUCUCCUCCUUCCUCAAGGCUCAAGUGAAUGAGGGCAAAGGACGCCUCUUGCCUGGGCAGGACCCCGAGAAAAUCAUAGGGGACAUGUUCAAGAACCAGGACCGCAACCAGGAUGGCAAGAUCACAGCCGAGGAGCUCAAGCUGAAAUCUGAUGAAGACCAGGAACGGGUCCAUGAGGAGCUCUGAGGGCAGGGAGCCUGGGCCUGGCCUCAGAUACUAAGGCCCUCUGCUAGGGGGCACAGUGGCAGUGGAACUAGCCUGCCCCAAGUCCCUAGCCUUCUGCUGGGAUAACUCUGGGAGCCAUGGGGACAAUGUCAGGGGAGACUGCCCGGCCUUCCCACCAGCCCUGGAUUACAGUCCGCAGAGCAGGCCUCUUUGCCACUUUUCUCUUCCAACUCCAAAUCCUUAAGAUACUUGGAGCUACAAAGCCAAUUGGGGGGCAGUGGUGGUGAUAUCUGGGAUUGGCUAGAACCAUUGCUGGAACCACAUCCGCACCUCCCAUUCACAUCACUAAAUUCCUAGCAAGGCCGAGAUCCUCAUUUCCUGAUUUCCACAAACUGCCCUGUUUGUAAUGUCCCUCACCAUCCCUGCCCCAAAACCCCAUUCCAUGGUCAUGGCAGCUCCCUGGGACAUGAAUCAGACCUGGGAGGUCUUACAACCUCCUUCCUCAGCUCUGCUUGGCUCCUAGGGAAGGGAUGGCCCCAGGAGGGCAACCCUGCCACACCAGUCAGCUGGCCCUUCUCACUCCUCACCCAGGCACUGGAGGUCAGGGCUGGGCUCUGCAUAGCCUUUCAUCCUUAAAGAAGGUUCCUUUCUUUAAGGAACCACAGAAGAAAAGCUGUGUGAGGAAACCUGCUUAGAUGGGCUUUAGGGCUAUGAAAAUAUUGGCAUUUGGUGUUAAUUUGGAGCUGAAGGGUGGGUGGCAGGGAGGUGGGCAGACCUCUGGACACUCAAAAAGCUAAACUGGUGUUUGAUCCCUUUCUCCUUUGUGUCAAUAAAAGGUUAAACCACAGGCCUCAGGAGGUAGUCUUUAAGCAGCCAGGGUCUGUGUGGCAAGGACUUCUUUUUUUUUUUGGAGACAGGGUAUCACUAUGUAGUUCAGACGGGCUUUGAACACACUAUGUAAUUGUGUUCCGACUAGCCUUGAACUUGAAAUCCUGUCUCCACCUCCCAGGUGCUGGGAUUACAGGUGUGAAACACCACACCCAGCAUGGCUAGUU